UGAAAAUGUUGGCUCACAUUACACUGAAAUACAAGAACAUUACCAUCAAAGAUGAAAUUGCAUUGAAUCGAAUGAAUCAGAUCUUACCAUUCGUUUGUUGUGCUGUGUAUUUCAAUAUUGUGUAUUAAACCUUUUCCCUUGUCUUCCAAUAGUUGUAUUAGUCUGUGACUCAAGGUCUACGUUAAGAUUGAAGACAACAGGGAUGGUGCCAUUGUUAUAAUUCAAAACUCCUAAGAAUCCAGGGUUGUGGCCCUUAUUCCAGUGAGAUGAUAGAUCUACCAAUCAUUUUGGUGUUUCUAACCAUUGAGCUCUCUAGUGCAUGUGGUAGAGCAGAGUACAGAACAGGUGUUGAAUGCUGUCCUAUGUGUUCUCCAGGAAACCGGGUACAUAAACACUGUACAGAAUUUACAAGUACUUCCUGUGUCCCCUGUACCGACUCCACUUUCCUUGAUGAACCCAAUGGUCUUACRGCRUGCAUACUGUGUACMAAYUGUGACCCWGGCUUUGGUUUGACGGUAAAGCAGUCAUGUAGACCUUCAUCAGACACGGUCUGUGGGACACUGGAGGGGUUCUACUGUCWWGACCCAACUAAGGAUGGUUGUAGAGCAGCCCAGAGACACMRCAGCUGUAAAYCUGGUCAAUACAUCAGUSACACAGGAACAACAUYUACWGAUACUGUGUGUUCUGACUGUACUGGUGACACCUAUUCAAAUGGAUCAUUUACAUCCUGCCAGUCAUACACACAAUGUGAUACCUUGAAGCUUCAGCAAAUUAAACCUGGAACUCAUUGGUCCGACUCUGAAUGUGGACCACAGACCUCCCCUCCCAUAGCUGUAAUAAUAUCUGCUGUGCUGGUGGUUCUAGCUGUGAUAGCAGCAGUGAUUGGAGUAUCUAUUUUUAUAAGAAARGGAAGAAAAAAACUAUCUGAGACACAAAGGCCUACAGAUGUACAUAAAGGCCUACAAACACCUAUAGAGGAAUCAGACACUGAGGGAGCAACGCUGUUUGUGGGAACAAGAACAGGUAAAGGUUCUGUUAACAUAUGUACAGAAUGGUAUGCAUGAGUUCUCGUGAACUUCAGCCAAAAUAUGUAUGACUUAGUACCUGUCAUCUUUUUCAUGUAAACUUGACAUGUUAUUAAUAUUAUCCUUACCAGAUUCAUGCCCCUAGGACAUUCUUUACAACAAUCCAGUUUGAGGUUCAUUGGCCUGAGACGUAGUAGGGUCCAACUUCUGUCCACUACAUGGUAAAUGUGAUCUAAACUCCAUUUUUAAAUAAAAGUUGGGGCUGACACAUUUGUUUUGUGGUGUACUGAUUAAACCAACUAUGACCUUAAUACAUGGCCUAAAACCCGAAAACACAAUUCCAAGGAAAAAACAUUUYUGUAAAACCUUCCAAUAGUGGGGACGAAGAUGUAAACCCUAGUAGGAGCUAGGUCUGUACUGUCCAGGGUAAGGUCAGAUGGCCUUCAUUUUAAUGGUCAGUCCAAGUCAUUGCGCGUAACUGUAACUAAAGGAGUUUUGGAUGACACUGCACCUGGUCUUUGGAUGAUGGUGCAGGAUACAAUCGCAUUUUGGAGCAAUUGUCCUUGAAUUGAGGAAAUCAUCAGAUAAUCCCACAACAUCGACAUGAAACUUGUGCUUCUGGUAAUGGUGUACUGUAGAUUCUGUUGAUACAAGCUGUGCAAAUGACCUUUGAAUAACAUGGCCUGGACACUGGUUUCGAAAAAAUGGACUUGUUGUGUGACCAUGGAUUUGUAUAAUCCCAUUCCCCACAAAGGCAAUGGUGCAAAGUGAAGGCUAUGUCCAGUGUGUGACCCUGAUGCAUCCCAAUAGGACUCCAAUUAAUAAUAAACACUUCAUGACUUUUACAGUCCUC